AAUGCAGUAAGUGUCCAACUUUGUACUGCAUUUCUACUUGUGCCGUGAGUAACGAGAAAAUGGAGGACAGCCUCGCGUUAUUCUAACUGUAUUUGUGUGGGUUAGUUGUUGUCUGUAACUGUUAAACGGGACAAGCUGUCGGUGAAUGAAAUAAACUCUUGGAAAAGCGCACACAUCUUCUGAAGUGCGGGAUUUAACGCUGAACUCUUUCCAUGAACACAGAGCCUUACUUGCGUCAGUAAGACAUGUGCUUCUUCUCCUUGUCCUGUCCACUGCCUCAGGAGAAUAUCAGCGCAGUGCUGGAAUGUCGUCGAUGUUGCUUGAAAUAAACCAGUAUCAAGGCAAAGAUGCAGACCAGACAGGAGUGGAAGCAACAUACAUGCAUAACCCCUUUUAUGUUAGGGGAGGAGGGGGGUUGUACCCCCUAAAAGAACCAUGCGCUCCAGUAGGACCUUGAAGAUCUACUAACUUUACACAGGAGUAGAUCUGGGUGGGGGCAUUUCAUUAGCUGCCAUUCAUAGUUCAACCUUGGGGUGUGUGUGUGUGUGUGUGUGUGUGUGUGUGUGUGUGUGUGUGUGUGUGUGUGUGUGAGAGAGAGAGAGGGUCUGUGAAUUUAUUUUUGUAAUUUUUUUUCUUUGCUUCUGCAGUUGAAUUGGUAUGUGUAAGUAAGUGAAUUUGCCAGCGUGCAGGGGUGGGGUGUCUGUGAGUUCGCACUAUAGGUUAGGGUGGGUCUACCUAUGCGGCCGAAAACUUUCCCUGCAGCCCCGUAUGUGGGCAACACACGCCAACGGCUCCAGGAAAUUAAGGAAGGACUAAAACAGCCAGCUAAGCUGGUGAGCCAGGCGCUGCAUGGAGGCAGUGCCCGAGGAGAAGGGAGCAGAGGGGGAGACUGCAAAGGUAAAGACCAGGCUGCUCGUCAGCAGCAACUUCGUCAACCCCAGAAGUUCAACAACUACCAGAAUGCCCUUCGAGAGAUUCGCAGGUCGCUCAUGCCUUUUGCCAACGAGUCCGGUCCAGGAUCCAGCUCCUCACACCCAGGUGGAGACGUAAACAGGCAGAUGCUGCAGGAGCUCGUCAAAGCUGGGUGUGAUCAGGAAAUGGCUAUACGUGCAUUGAAGCAAACUGGCAGUCGUAACAUUGAGGCAGCAUUAGACUACAUCAGUAAGAUGGGCUACCUUGACCCUCGCAAUGAGCAAAUUGUUCGUGUCAUCAAACAGACUUCUCCAGGCAAAGGUGGUAUUGCCAAUUCAGUAGAUCACCGGCAAGCAAUGGAGACUUCCAAUGAAAGUGCUAUGCCUCCUUACCACCAGAUGGGACCACCGCUAUAUGAGGGAGCUGGCUAUGGGUCAGAGGGAGAGAUAUCACAUCCAUAUAUGGGUGGACCACCAGUCAUGAAAUACAUGAUGCCACCUACCAACUCAGCACAGGGUCCUUCAAUGGGGAACCCCAUGGCUCGACCCCCCAGCAUGGGUGCCUAUCCGCCAGCCAUGACUUCUCAGAAUGCCCAAGGAACCGCAAUCUACCCCUCUGGUCCUUCUCAGCAGAAAGGUUACACGGGGGGUAUGGAUCAGGCUAUGAUGGGCUACAGUGUGUCUGGUCCACCCAUGCAAAUCCAGUCCCAACCACCAGGGGGCCCCACCCCUCAUUAUGACUACAGACCUCAUAUGAUGGAGCCCCCUAGCUAUAGUGUUAAACGGAGUGCUUCUUUUCAGAACAAAAUGCCCCCUCUGGCACCAGACAACUAUGUAAAUAUGCAAGGAAAAGGAGCUAUAGGACAAAAUAGUGGUGGAUACCCUCCUAACCUUUACCUAUCUCCUCACUCACACCCCCGCCAGGCCAGCCCGACUUCACACCAAGUCCACAUGAUGUCACGCUCUCCUGGAGGAGCAGCAGCUGCAAUGGGUCCCGAGUUCUCAGAUAUUCCUCAAGGUCUUCUCACACCUUCCAGGGCUAGCCUCAAUCUUGACUUAUAUGACUCCCACUGGGCUGGAGCUCAAGGCCCAGAGGCAACACCUCCAGCCAGGCAGCCACAAGGACCCUUCAGAGGAGAGGUUCGUGUCCCCAGCAGGACAAAUUCUUUUAACAAUCACCAAAAGGUAAAUGUAAGACAAGCAAUGCCCCCUGCAACUAAUGUAUCUAGCAAACAGGAGGCUGGAAUGGGGCCUUCCAACACCAUCACUGCAGUGACCUCUCCUCCAAUCCAGCAGCCUGUGAAGAGUAUGAGAGUGAUGAGACCAGAGCCAAAAACGGCAGUUGGACCAUGCCACCCAGGCUGGUUAGCUGCACAGGGCCAGGAUACUCCUGAGACUCAUGGAUACUUGCCAGAUGAAAGUUUUACCUUGGAAUCCUCCCAGGAGCCCCGGUGUCCGCCACCUCCAUACCCCAAAACGCUGCUUAUGUCUGGAGCCACGGUUGUACAGGAAACCACACCCUUGGAGGCUGGAGGCAUAGCUAGUGCUCCAGACCACAGUACCCAGGGUAGGCCUGUCCCAACUGCCCCAGCAGGAAAGCCAGAAGAGCGUGCCACCAAAGACAAAGCAAAGCCAGGAAAAGGGGAGAAAACUGUAAAGGAUAAGAAGCAGAUUCAGACUUCACCAGUACCAGUGCGGAAGAAUGCACGUGAUGAAGAAAAAAGGGAGUCACGCAUCAAGAGCUAUUCUCCCUUUGCUUUUAAAUUCUACAUGGAGCAGCAUAUAGAAAAUGUUAUGAAGACCUACCAGCAAAAAUUAAAUCGCAGAUUGCAGCUGGAGCAAGAGAUGUCUAAGGCUGGUCUGUCAGAAGCAGAGCAGGAACAGAUGAGAAAGAUGUUGAACCAGAAGGAGUCCAACUACAAUCGAUUACGACGUGCCAAGAUGGAAAAAUCUAUGUUUGUGAAAAUUAAAACACUUGGAAUCGGGGCCUUUGGAGAGGUGUGUCUGACCCGUAAGGUGGACACAGAAGCUCUGUAUGCCAUGAAGACUCUCAGAAAAAAAGACGUCCUAAACCGUAACCAGGUGGCUCAUGUUAAAGCAGAAAGGGACAUCCUUUCAGAGGCUGAUAAUGAAUGGGUAGUUCGACUGUACUACUCAUUUCAGGAUCGUGACAGUCUAUAUUUUGUUAUGGACUACAUUCCUGGAGGAGAUAUGAUGAGCCUGCUGAUUCGUAUGGGGGUUUUCCCUGAGCCAUUAGCCAGGUUCUAUGUGGCAGAACUGACUCUUGCUAUCGAGAGUGUGCAUAAGAUGGGUUUUAUCCACAGGGACAUCAAACCUGAUAAUAUCCUUAUUGACCUUGAUGGACACAUCAAGCUUACAGAUUUUGGCUUGUGCACAGGGUUCCGCUGGACACAUAACUCAAAGUAUUAUCAGAAAGGGAACCACAUUCGCCAGGAUAGUAUGGAACCCAGUGACUUCUGGGAUGAUGUGUCUAACUGUCACUGUGGUGACCGGUUAAUAACACUGGAACAACGGACAAACCGUCAACAUCAGCGCUGCCUUGCACACUCCCUAGUGGGUACUCCCAACUACAUUGCCCCUGAAGUGCUAUUGCGGAAAGGAUACACUCAGCUGUGUGACUGGUGGAGUGUGGGAGUGAUUCUAUUUGAGAUGCUAGUAGGCCAGCCUCCAUUCCUUGCGCCAACCCCUACGGAAACACAGCUCAAGGUGAUAAACUGGGAGAACACACUGCAGGUGCCUCCACAAGUCAAGCUGAGCCCCGAGGCCAUUGACAUCAUAGGACGUCUGUGCUGUUCGGCAGAAGAGCGUCUGGGAGGAAAUGGUGCUGGUGAGAUAAAGGCCCACCCUUUCUUCGCUCAGGUGGAUUUCUCCAGCAACCUUCGCACUCAGCCUGCUCCAUACCGGCCUAAAAUUGCUCAUCCAAUGGACACUUCCAACUUUGAUCCAGUGGAAGAAGAAGGUGGUCCAGGGGCAUGGAGUGACAGUGGAGACAGCACUCGCGCUUGGGAUACCCUUUGCUCCCCAAAUAGCAAACACCCUGAACACGCCUUCUAUGAGUUCACCUUCCGCAGAUUCUUUGACGAUAACGGCUGUCCUUUCCGUUACCCCAAGCCCCUCGAAGAAACACAUGGGCCUCCCAGCAGUAGUGGAGCUAGCAGCUUGGGGCUCGAGGAGGAAGAGGAUGAGGAAGAAGUGGAGGGGGGAGAAGAAGAGCAAGGAGAGGGUUGUGAGCCUGUGUAUGUGUGAGACAUAGGGAAUGAGUUCACUUGCUGAAUUAGCUUCUCCAGUAUGGCUUUUAUUAAAUAACAAACAAUAGACAUGACAUUAGUCUUUUUAAAGUUUGCAUGAAAAGGAGAGAAGGGAAUUAAGGAGGUAUGGUCAAAGAAAGAGAAAAAUGUUGCUAUGUGAAAUGUAUUUUAUUACUCUAAUAUUAUUGUGCAGAAUAUUUUGCCCGUUCACAUAUAUACAUCUGAUGGAAACUGCAAUCUGGGACCAAUAGACUGAGACUGAUCUGAUGUGUCUUUGGAAGUUGCUUUGCCAGUGAAGGUGACACAUCAAUUCCUAAUUCCAGGUGAAUAACUGUGAUUAUGGUCACUGGACCCAGUGCAGGGCUGAACCAGAGCUGGUGGUGUUAUUUGUGUGUCACAUGACCACACAACUUAAUCAAACUCCUUCUUCCCUAAGAAUAUAUGGGCCCAAAAGCUCUCAGAUGUUGUUCCUUCUGCAAGUAUCUGUAGAGACACUAAAGUGAGUCUGCCAUGACUGGUAGAUCAUGGACUCAUUUUAAACGCUGAAGGGCUUAUACAACAAACAGAAGAAAAUGUACCUAUGUGAAGAUAUGGCUCAGGUUGUUUUCCUGUUUGUGACUUUACAAUGCCUCCUAGUGAUUUCAAGAACACAAAAUAACGCUCAACCUGGAGAGGAAAAAAAACGAGACUUAUUUGUCCCAUAUAUGUGUUGCAUAUACCUGCACCUCAAAGCUUUCACAGUUACAAGGUUAUUGUACCAGCUGGUCAUUUAUCUGUAACGAUUCAUGCAACACAAUUCUUUAAGGAGUAACAGUUACUUAGUUGAUACUUUACCUUCCACACUGCUUUAAUGUUAGCACCUAGGCAUAUUCUGCUGAAUAUCGAUAUAUAGAGAUAUAUGGAUAUGUUCUGCUCAAUAAGGAGUUUUAACAAUCAGGACUUACUUUUAAUCAUCAUCUUUAUGUAGCUUCCCUGGCAAUAGUAGUACCCAAAAAUAUUUACAUUUGGCCUUUUUUUUUUAUAAUUGUACCACACACAUACAUUGUACAGUGUCAACAAUGAAGUCUCUGACUAAAAUAUAAUCAAUAUCUAAUAACAUAGUAGUAAACAUGUUAAGAGAAAAAGUGUCAGAAGAAUAUAAUUGUAUGGGAUUACUAUGUGCAAUAAAAAAAUAUAUUAUGUAAUUUUCUAAUCACACAAACAGCUUUUUUAAAUCAGUUCCGAUAUAUAUUAUGUAAAGGUAAAAAAAAUAUUUUUAGCUUUUAGAAUCCUCCCCCUCCCCCCAUUAUAGAUACCUGACCCAGUGCUGCUCUUUGUUAUUAAUGUAACAUUAUCAACAUAUUUUCAUAAAUGCCUUUCUUUCUUUUUUUCACCUUUGUAAAAAGCAUGCUGUUGGUUGUCGGUGUUAUUGACACAAGAUGUGACAAACUGUGUGCCUUCUAAUGAAUGUGUGGGUGUGUCCACCACAUGCUGAUCAGUAUUUAAGAAGGAGAUGAAAACAUGCUUUUCCCCUUCACUCAGGCUGGUCCUAAAUGUUUGGGAAAGGGUGUUCAGGAGAAAGUGGGAAAGUAGAAAAUAAAGUUUGGAUUGAAAAUGUGUUAUAUGUUAGACAUACCAAGACAGUGUGGAUUUGAUUGACUUUGAUAUGCCUGUUUCUUAAGUGUGAUGACAUGGAAGUAAUUGUAUUGAACUGAAUUGCUGAGUCAGCUGAAUUGAGUCACUUUCUUGUGAUUUUAAGAAUUAUCGAUAAGUAACUGUAUAAAUACGAUAUAUUUUAUGCUAAUUGACAAUCAUUAAAACAUUUUGUAAGCUGGUGUUUUAAACUUGACAUAGGACACCUGACUGAAAGACCUUAAUUAAAUUUACCAUUAUGGCAUCUCAUAAGUAGUUCAAAUUCAAUCACAACUGAUAUUUAAAGGAAUAAUGAACAUCUAUAUCAAAAUGUAUUGCAUUUAAUACAUUUUAUUAUUUAAUGUUGAGUUUAUACUCACACACACAUUUAUAUACUUCAACAUUAAUCCCAGUGAGACAUAAAAUAUAGUAAAUUUGUCAGACAUUUCUGCUGACUCAUAUUAAUCACAAUGAAGACUCAGAUUUCAGUAAUCAGAUUUUAUACAGUAGUUUGAGUGUCAUGUGAGAGUGUUUUUGGUUUUGUUUUUUUUUUUGGAUGAAUUUUCUGUAUUUCACUUAUGAGAGUGCUGACUGACAAUCUUUGGUUAAGAAUAACUGAUAUUGGACUGUUGUGUGCCUUUUGUAUUUCAGUGCUUGAGUCAGGUGGGACUUUUUUUUCGACUUCUGUGAUCUUCCUUAAUGUAUUAUGUAAUACAGCUACUAUUUUAUAUAUAUAUAUAUAUAUAUAUAUAUAUAUAUAUAUAUAUAUAUAUAUAUAUAUACAGAUAUACAUAUUUUUUGUAUCUUUAUUCUUUUUUUCUUUUUUUUCUGAGCUAACUUCUGAACUACUAUGUCUUCAGUAUUACAGACAGUAAAUAUUUGGAUUAAUAUCUUUUUGCAUACAUGUAUGAACCAAGAAAUUGGUAAAUAUGCUUUCACUGUUCUACCAUGUGUAAAUGUAUAUUCCUAAAUUAAAUAAAAUAAAUAAACCCU